AUUAGCUCCUUCAAAACUAGCCGUUAUAUAUUCAAACUUUCUACUCUUUCUCUCUCUAAUUCUUUACUCUCUCUCUCUCUAAAUCUGCAAAGCUCAAAUGGCAAUAUCAGUAGAAUCUUCAUCACCUGCUUCCCUUAACAAGGGUUCACCAAGCUUGAUGGGUUCGUCACCAAUUUACAGUCCAUCAUCAGAUAAACGUUUCUGGAGUAAUCUUCGCAGCAGGGUUGAUACUCUUCUUGAAAAUCGCGAAAAUCAUAACGCUGCUCUAAAGCAGCAAGAAGGAGUGGAGGAUCGAUCGAAGAGGAUGAAGGAGGAUGCUAUGCUUUUACUAAGAGGAUUUGAUUCUGUUUCUUGCUCUCUUUCGCAGUUAUCGGAUAAUCUGGAAAAUGCUCUUCAGGGAGCAAGAGAUCUAGCAAAACCUCCCACAUUGACCGAGAUACUUCAUUGCACGAUGGAAAAGGCGAGCAGUGGGGAAAAUCAAUCGAAGGAAGAUAAACACGAGGGAGACAAAGGUAAAGAAGAGAGCGAAGAAGGUGGCAAUAGAGGGUUAAAGAGGAAAUUCGAUACUGAAGAAUCCUCCGAAGAUCCUCAACAAGACGAUGAUACCAAAAGAGAAAAUCGACAUGUCCUGAAAGAGCUCGGGAAGUUCAAGAAAGCCAAAAAUCUUGCGAUUUCCAUGGCGACAAAAGCAGCCACAUUAGCUCGAGAACUGAAAUCAAUGAGAUCAGACUUGCGCUUUAUGCAAGAACGUUCUGCUCUUUUGGAGGAGGAGAAUAGAAGGCUUCGUGAUGGCUAUGACACAGGGAUACCACCAGAAGACGAUGACCUGGUGAGGCUCCAAAUGGAGGCACUACUUGCUGAAAAAUCCAGACUUGCAAAUGAAAAUGCAAACUUGAAUAGGGAGAACCAGUGUCUUAGACAACUUGUUGAGUACCACCAGUUGGCCUCGGAAGAUCUCUCUGCGUCCUACGAGGGCUUACUUAGAGGAAUGGGAUUGGAUAUUUCAUGUUCACCCGAGGAUCAUACCGAGGCAAAUGAUGGAUCUGGAGGAGUACGCGAGAAAGACAUAUCCGGUAUUUCCAAAUCCCUUGAUGAGAUCUACGACGAAGAAUGAAGAAAAUAGUGAUUCGAGUAAAAGUUGCUUAUUAUGUUGUAAUCUACAAACAACAACAUAACAUACCCCGUGUAAUCCUACAAGUGGGGUUUGCGCCGUGUUGUAGUAAUCUUCUACCUAUAUCAAAAUUUGUAAAAUUUGUUGUAUCCUAUGUUUCAUGUUGUUAUCUAUAAUGAAAGACAACAAUUAUCUUGUUCC